AUGGCGCCAUCUGCCUCCAGACCAGCUUCCCAGCUCAGGUUCAUACAGCACAAGCAGGAGGCAUUUUGGUUCUACAGGUUCAUCUCGAUUCUGUACGACCAAGUGCUCAACCCUUGCCAAUAUACCGUGGCCAUGAGGGAGGACGCCCUCGAGGCCGCCGAUCUCAGCGACCGGAGCAUGGUCGUGGUGGAUGUCGGCGGCGGUACCGGUUUCACGACGAUGGGGAUUGUGAAGCGCGUUGAUGCCAAAAACGUCACCGUUUUGGACCAGUCGCCGCACCAGCUGGUGAAAGCUAUGCAGAAGGAGGCUCUGAAGGAGUGCAGGUUCUUGCUGGGCGAUGUUGAGGACCUGCCCUUUCAGACUGAUUAUGCAGAUAGAUAUACUUCUGCUGGGAGUAUUGAGUACUGGCCCGAGCCACAGCGCGGGAUCAGAGAGGCAUACAGGGUGCUGAAGCAGGGUGGAAAAGCAUGCCUGAUCGGCCCGGUUUAUCCUACAUUUUGGCUUUCUCGCUUCUUCGGCGAUGCCUGGAUGCUGUUCCUGAAGGAGGAAGAGUACAUCGAGUGGUUCACCAAGGCUGGGUUUGAGGACGUUCAGUUGAAGAGAAUCGGCCCAAAGUGGUACCGCGGUGCUCGCCGGUACGGACUCGUAAUCGGAUGUGCUGUUACCGGCGUCAAACCUGUGCCUGGAGAUUCUCCUCUGCAGCUUGGUCUGAAGGCCGAGGAUGUGUCGAGGCCUGCAAGCCCGUUUGUGUUCCUGAUGCGCUUCGUUCUGGGCACCAUGGCGGCAAUAUAUUAUCUAUUGGUACCCAUCUACAUGUGGAUCAAAGAUGUAAUUGUGCCCGGAUGUAUGCCCAUCUAA